AUGACAAAGGUUCCCACAGUCCUAGCUGCUCAGCUCGGAACCGCGCUCCUAGUCGCCAUUGGGCAAAAGAUCACUAAAUCCCAAUGCUUGAAGAUUGCCUACUAUAUGAACGUUGGCUACGGUCGACACCUGAGUGUCGCUGAGGUGCAAGACAUACUACAAGACUUGAAUCGAGAUGCGGCCCGAUUAGUUUCUCGGGCUGUCUCCAACAUUACUGAAAUGACUCGCGACACAUUGUCGCUAAAUGUCAGUGCGACACAGGCAACUUUGAUGAACGAUGAUGACGAUGCAAACGAUACUGAGCCUGAUGAUAGACCAGUGAGCGGGAAGAGGAAAGUGCUUGCAUCAUCUUCAAGGUCUACGGGCAAGAGGCGGUGCGACCGAAAGACUCCCUCCGACAAAGCCUCAGAUGACGAAGCAAGACCUCCAGCCUUUUUGGAAACUUCUGUCUUACGCCAACCCCAGAUUUCGAUUGAGAUACCCCCAAAGAAUGGGAGUCAAAAGGCGAAACCAAGCGUGGAAGAGAGUGGGAUCUUCGAUUUCCUCUCGUCACGCGAAAGUUCGCCGACGUUGCCAAGCCAGCGAUACUUGAAGAUGUCAGGCGGCCUUGGGGCUAGUGGAGCAAGGAGCCCAUCCCAUGCUCCAGGGGAGUUCGACCUCAUCAACAGUUCUUCGACUCUCUGUGACGACUCACCUGGGUCGGGGAGAGCGCUGAAUCAUGGCCAUCAUCUGACUGGGGAGGUAGAGACCUGGGAAAUGUCAUCCACUUCCAGCGAGACGCGGAUGAGCUUUUUUACCUUGUCUCAGCACGCUCGAGAAGAGGCCGCCGGCAUGAAUGACAGGUUUGCUGACAAAGAUAACCAUGGUCAAACUGAAACCGAGCAUAGACGGAGCAGCCCUCCUGUCGAUGCCAUUGAUGAGCUCUUCAUAUCCCAGGACGUGGUCGACGAGAAUCGUCAGAUGAUGUUUGAGCAUGAUGACAACAUGAGCUCUGAUGGCACCAACCCGGACGAGCUGGAGAAUAGCGAACAGGCUCAGUCCUCUCCUUAUCCAACAAGGGUGAGCACAUCAGGUCGACCUGGUUCAAAGAGCGUGGAAAAUGCAGCCGCGGCUGCGCAGCUUCAAUCCGAGGCCAAGAGCCAACGGGACUCUGUACGUUUCGAGAAUGGCAAUACCCCCAGCCUCAAGCAAGCAAGACAAGGCUCGCGAUUCAAUCCUCUGGAGAUCAAGUCAGAGAGUGAGAGCGAAGAAAGAUCCGCAAAAAUUCGAGCUCUGCAAGUCAAUCAGCAAGCAGCACGCGAGCGGCGUUUGAAAAGGAAGGAGAGGGAACGCAAACAGCGGAAGACAAUUUCAGGGAAGGCGGCAGAUCUGGAGCAAAGAGACAGAAACAAGAGCACGUCGCCGUCAUUGCAGGCUCCAAGCCAAAGCCAGGCGGCUGCGCCGGCGGCUCCUAACCGCCAGCAAGAUUCUUCCUCGCAGAGAGAUGCAGACAAACCAAAGCAUCGCAAAAUCAAGAAAGAGGAAGGCGCCAGCUCUGGGAAACGCCGCCUCCCGGCCGAGACGAGUGCGGAACAUAAGGUCCGCAUCAAGAAGGAGAAGAGGGAGCGGAGAUAUGCCAGGAAAUUGAACCGAACUCCCGAGAGGAUGGGUCUGGAAUCAGGCUCGCUAUCAGCGCCUCUGAGAUCGCCGCGGACCAUAACAGCAGGGACGUUUCCUCCGUGUGCUCAGUCACACGAGCCAUUGCAAUCAAGCACGCCUCCUCUGGGCAAGGCACAGGCCAAUGCCGCCCUGAGGCGUGAUAAAGAGGUACGCUCUUCCGCCCCCGCUCCGGCCUUCAUGACCAGGAACCUCGGCCUGUCAGACCACCCUAGUGGCUGUGGCGACGACUUUGUCGUCGACCUCACCUACGAAAGGAGCCUUGGUGACGAAGAAGAAGAGUCAGUAAUGCCGGCGGAAUGUGAAUCCACGCUGACAUCUCCAUGCAGCAGGCAGGACUUUCUCACAUCAAACAUUCGACCUCAUCGUGCGCCACAGCAGGGGCUGAUGGCAGGGAAUAACCGACCUUCUCCGCCUCGACAUAGUAGCAACCCCUUUGUGUCACAAAAGUCGGCGAAUCCGGGCGAUGUCCUUGAUGCCAGAGUGCCUCCUCAUGCGAAGGGUUCAACGUUCAAUGACCGGAUGAUCGCUUUACACGAGCAAAUGUCCCGCCAAAGUGAGCAACAGCUGAGACAUCAGAAACGGACUGAGCCGCAGCCAGUGCCUCGGAGACCACUUACGCGUAAGAACAUCAAACAAGGGGGAUAUCGCCCAGUUCUCGGCUCUUUCCAGCGCUCGGCCCAGGUACAUCAGCAGCUCCCAAUAGAGCUGUUGUCGCAAUCCUCGCGCUGGCGAAGACCCUCGUGGGCCCGUCACUCACGCAGUCCAUCUGGUGAGUCGUCUUAUGACUUAUGGGGACUGUUCCGAAUGCGCACGACUUGGGACGACGAUGAAAACACUAUUGUUGAUUCCGACUCCGAGCUGGAGAUUGUCAAUGUGCCACGGCCGAAUCGUUGGCGCAAUCUGAACGCGGCGCCGUCUCAAUCAAAGCAUUAA